UCUGGCUCCUUUCUGGGAGGUUUCCUUGGCAGGAGACACUCUGACCAGCCUCAGGGUGGGUGCAUGGAAGCUGGUAAUGGCCGUGCACCUAGUCUGGGGCAAGUCCCUGAGAUCUGGGGACAGGGAGACCAACAGGGCUCCCGCUAGUAGCCCUUGUUCAGUGCAAGAGCCACCUAAUCCGGCUUUGGUAGGGCUUUCUUAGGAGACCCUUGAUGGCUUCUUGCAACUACUUCCGCCCGCUGGACAGCCCUUGCCCCUCCUCCCAGCAUGCCCCAGGUUGCCCUCCAGGACGCCUCCGCGUGGUGCAUGGUGGGAUAGCUAGCAGGGGGCCCGCUGGCCAUGGCAGCUGAAGGCGCCCCGUGUAGCUUCAUUUAUCGGGAAGGCAGCACCCAGUCAGGCCCUGAGGACGCCGAGCCCUUGGCACCUAGCACGCUGGGACAUGGCAACCACAGAGAGAGCAGCCCUUUCCUUUGCCCCUUGGAGGCUUCCAGAGGAAGUGACUACUACGACAGGAACCUGGCACUGUUUGAGGAAGAGCUGGACAUCCGCCCAAAGGUAUCAUCUCUCCUGGGCAAGCUCGUCAGCUACACCAACCUCACACAGGGCGCCAAGGAACAUGAGGAAGCUGAGAGUGGGGAGGGCACCCGCCGGAGAGCAGCCAAGGCACCCAGUAUGGGCACCCUAAUGGGGGUGUACCUGCCCUGCCUACAGAAUAUCUUUGGGGUUAUCCUGUUCUUGCGGCUGACCUGGAUGGUGGGCACGGCCGGUGUGUUGCAGGCUCUCCUCGUCGUGCUCAUCUGCUGCUGCUGUACUUUGCUGACGGCCAUCUCCAUGAGUGCCAUCGCCACCAACGGUGUGGUUCCAGCCGGGGGCUCCUAUUUCAUGAUUUCCCGCUCGCUGGGACCAGAAUUUGGAGGCGCUGUGGGCCUGUGCUUCUACCUGGGAACAACAUUUGCUGCAGCCAUGUACAUCCUAGGUGCCAUUGAGAUCUUGCUGACCUACAUUGCCCCACCAGCUGCCAUUUUUUACCCAGUGGGCGCUCAUGAUACAUCAAGUGCCACCUUGAAUAAUAUGCGGGUAUAUGGGACCAUUUUUCUGACCUUCAUGACCCUAGUGGUGUUUGUUGGUGUCAAGUAUGUGAACAAAUUUGCCUCACUCUUCCUGGCCUGUGUGAUCAUCUCCAUCCUGUCCAUCUAUGCCGGGGGCAUCAAGUCAAUUUUUGACCCUCCUGUGUUUCCAGUGUGCAUGCUGGGCAACAGGACCCUGUCCCGGGACCAGUUUGACGUCUGUGCCAAGACGGCCAUGGUGAACAAUGAGACAGUGGCCACCCAGCUAUGGAAACUCUUCUGCCACAGCCCCAACCUUACCACUGAUUCCUGUGACCCCUACUUCCUGGUCAACAAUGUGACCGAGAUCCCUGGCAUCCCUGGUGCGGCUGCUGGUGUGCUCCAGGAAAACCUGUGGAGUGCCUACCUGGAGAAGGGCGAGGUCGUGGAGAAGCACGGACUGCCUUCCACAGAUGCCCUUGGCCUGAAGGAGAGCCUGCCCCUGUACGUGGUGGCUGACAUCGCCACAUCCUUCACCGUGCUGGUCGGCAUCUUCUUUCCCUCCGUAACAGGCAUUAUGGCUGGCUCAAACCGCUCCGGGGACCUCCGGGAUGCCCAGAAGUCCAUUCCUGUGGGGACCAUUCUGGCCAUUGUUACGACUUCCCUUGUGUACUUCAGCAGCGUGGUUCUCUUUGGCGCCUGCAUCGAGGGUGUGGUACUCCGGGACAAGUACGGUGAUGGAGUCAGCAGGAACCUGGUGGUGGGCACAUUGGCCUGGCCUUCGCCCUGGGUCAUCGUCAUCGGCUCCUUCUUCUCAACUUGUGGUGCCGGCCUACAAAGCCUCACUGGGGCACCACGCCUAUUGCAGGCCAUCGCCAAGGACAACAUCAUUCCCUUCCUCAGGGUAUUUGGCCAUGGAAAGGCAAAUGGUGAACCAACGUGGGCACUCCUCCUGACGGCACUCAUUGCUGAGCUGGGCAUCCUCAUCGCCUCCCUUGACAUGGUGGCCCCCAUUCUAUCCAUGUUCUUUCUGAUGUGUUACCUGUUUGUGAACCUGGCCUGCGCUGUGCAGACACUCCUAAGGACACCCAAUUGGCGGCCACGGUUCAAGUACUAUCACUGGGCGCUAUCCUUCCUGGGCAUGAGCCUCUGCCUGGCCCUUAUGUUUGUCUCCUCCUGGUACUAUGCCCUGGUCGCCAUGCUUAUUGCGGGCAUGAUCUACAAGUACAUUGAAUACCAAGGGGCCGAGAAGGAGUGGGGUGAUGGGAUCCGAGGGCUGUCCCUGAGUGCUGCCCGCUAUGCACUGUUACGGCUAGAGGAGGGGCCUCCUCACACGAAGAACUGGCGGCCUCAGCUGCUGGUGCUGCUGAAGCUAGACGAGGACCUUCACGUGAAGUACCCACGGCUCCUCACUUUCGCCUCCCAGCUUAAGGCUGGCAAGGGCCUGACCAUCGUCGGUUCUGUCAUCCAGGGCAGCUUCUUGGAGAGCUAUGGCGAGGCCCAGGCUGCUGAGCAGACAAUCAAGAAUAUGAUGGAGAUUGAGAAGGUGAAGGGCUUCUGCCAGGUGGUGGUAGCCAGCAAGGUGCGAGAGGGGCUGGCCCACCUCAUCCAGUCUUGUGGCCUGGGUGGCAUGAGGCAUAACUCUGUGGUGCUGGGCUGGCCCUAUGGCUGGCGACAGAGCGAGGACCCACGUGCCUGGAAGACCUUUAUUGACACCGUGCGCUGCACCACAGCAGCGCACUUGGCCCUGCUCGUGCCCAAGAACAUCGCCUUCUACCCCAGCAACCAUGAGCGCUACCUAGAGGGCCACAUUGACGUGUGGUGGAUUGUGCACGACGGUGGCAUGCUUAUGCUUUUGCCCUUUCUGCUGCGCCAGCACAAGGUGUGGAGGAAGUGCCGGAUGCGCAUCUUUACGGUGGCCCAGAUGGAUGACAACAGUAUCCAGAUGAAGAAGGAUCUGGCCAUCUUCCUGUACCACCUACGCCUUGAGGCAGAGGUGGAGGUGGUAGAGAUGCAUAACAGCGACAUCUCUGCAUAUACCUAUGAGCGGACACUAAUGAUGGAACAGCGGUCCCAGAUGCUGCGGCAGAUGAGGCUGACCAAGACAGAGCGGGAGCGAGAAGCCCAGCUGGUCAAGGACCGGCACUCAGCCCUGCGCCUAGAGAGCCUGUACUCGGACGAGGAAGAUGACUCUGCAGCUGGGGCUGACAAGAUCCAGAUGACAUGGACUCGGGACAAGUACAUGGCAGCUGAGUCCUGGGACCCCAGCCACGCCCCUGACAAUUUCCGGGAGCUGGUGCAUAUUAAACCGGACCAGUCCAAUGUGCGGCGCAUGCACACCGCUGUGAAGCUCAAUGAAGUCAUUGUCACUCGCUCCCACGAUGCCCGCCUGGUCCUACUGAACAUGCCUGGCCCACCCAAGAACAGCGAAGGUGAUGAGAACUACAUGGAGUUCCUGGAGGUGCUGACCGAAGGCCUUGAGCGUGUGCUGUUGGUGCGUGGCGGUGGCCGUGAAGUGAUCACCAUCUACUCCUGAGCCUCAUAUACACUUGCGGCUUAGAGUGGAGGUGUCCAGGGUAACAGCCCCCUCCCAGCACCCACCCACCAGCCCUGCUUUGCCUGGCCCUGCCCCGGACCCAGCUUUGCUAGGUCUCCUUGGAGACUGGGACUGGGCCUGGCAAUGGAGAAGGAUCCAAGGUACUGACGGACCCUGAGAGGUUUGGGGACUUUCCCAUCCAGCACCCCAGGAGAGGACUGCUGGGAGCUGAUGUGGGAUUUGAAGGCAGCCUGCCCAGGAAUGCUAUUUAUUGCAUAUUUAUUGUUUGGAUGUCACCAUCAGAGAGGAGGGGAAGGGUGGUGAGGGAGGGGGGUCUGGCCCAGCCCACCUGCAGGAAGAUCUGGCUCAGGCUACUGUGGGCAGGGACCCCCACGGAGCAAAGCGCAAUGGAACUGUCCAGCUGAGGCCUGACUUUUUUCAAUAAAACAUUGUGUACUUCUGGGC